AUGAAAAAGUUGUUGGAGCGUGUAAAAGUUUUGGUACAAGAGCAUCUUCCAACCACCCGUUGGACUCGCUGGGAGGUUUCCACCGCCACGAGAGAAGAAGUUUCUGGAGAAAAGCUCGAACCAAAUGUGUUAAACAAGCUCAUAUUUGCCUUGCCUACUGUUGGCUUAGUCUGGGCUUUCAUACCAGAGGCGGAUCGUCUAACGGAGAAGGGAUAUAAAGUGCAAACUGUUAGAUUGGGCGUUCACUCAGGCCCUCAUUCUAGGUCCGGCAGCCGUGGCAAACCGCAUCCGAGCCUCAGCAGUACGCAC